CACUAGUCCAGCAGAGGGAUUAUAUUUCCUCUUUUUAAAUCCUACCCCACUUUCCCUUCAACGCCCCAGAGUGAGUAGCAAUGGAGAGCUCUGAAGAAAAUGGAGAGAAGAAGCCAACUCCGCCUCCACCCACUGUUUCUUUCUUUCAGCUCUUCAGAUUUGCAGACGGUUUGGACUAUGUUCUGAUGGGAGUUGGAAGUCUGGGUGCUUUUGUUCAUGGGCUGUCAUUGCCUUUGUUCCUUAGAUUCUUUGCUGAUCUUGUCAAUUCCUUUGGCUCUUAUGCCAAUGAUGUUGACAAAAUGACCCAAGAAGUUUUGAAGUAUGCUUUCUACUUUCUUGUAGUUGGGGCUGCAACAUGGGCAUCUUCUUGGGCAGAGAUUUCAUGUUGGAUGUGGACAGGAGAGAGACAGUCAACCAAAAUGAGGAUAGAGUACUUGGAGGCUGCUCUGUACCAAGACAUUCAAUACUUUGAUACCGAGGUUAGGACUUCCGAUGUUGUUUAUGCCAUCAACACGGAUGCCGUGACAGUCCAAGAUGCCAUUAGCGAGAAGUUGGGGAAUUUCAUUCAGUAUAUGGCAACAUUCGUGUCUGGUUUUGCGGUUGGGUUCACGGCAGUGUGGCAAUUGGCUUUGGUCACACUUGCUGUAGUUCCUCUCAUAGUUGUAAUUGGGGCAGUUCUUACUGAGAAAAUUCGAAGACUCUCUGUGAAGAGCGAAGGAGCCAUGUCAGAAGCCGGGAACAUUGUGGAACAGACCGUGGGUCAAAUCCGAACCGUUCUGGCAUUCGUGGGAGAGUCAAGGGCAUUGCAAUCCUACUCUGCAGCAUUGGCAAAGGCUCAGAAGAUUGGUUACAAGAUUGGGUUUUGCAAAGGUCUCUUACCCGGAGCCACAUACUUUGCGGUUUUCUGUUGUUUCGCUCUUCUACUGUGGUACGGAGGGUAUUUGGUUAGGCACCAUAUAACCAACGGAGGACUUGCCAUAUCCACAACUUUUGCUGUCAUGAUUGGUGGAAUAGGGUUAGGUCAAUCACUGCCUAGUCUGUCAGCAUUUGCAAAGGCUAGAGUCGCGGCCGAAAAGAUUUUCAGCACAAUAGAUCACAAGCCAAGUGUUGGGAAAAACAAGGAAACGGGUUUGGAAUUGGAGUCUGUCAAUGGGCAAUUGGAGCUGAAGAAUGUAGACUUCUCCUACCCUUCACGGCCCGACAUUCAAAUUCUUAAAAAUUUCUCCCUCACGAUUCCUGCUUGGAAGACCAUAGCUUUGGUUGGAAGCAGUGGCUCUGGGAAAAGCACGGUGGUCUCUCUUGUCGAAAGAUUCUAUGACCCAACUUCAGGAGAAGUCCAAUUGGAUGGGCAAGACAUAAAGACGUUAAAACUGAGAUGGUUGAGACAGCAAAUCGGGCUAGUGAGCCAAGAACCGGCACUGUUCGCCACCACCAUAAAAGAAAACAUUUUGAUGGGCAAGCCUGGUGCUAGUGAUGCUGAGAUUGAAGCAGCUGCCCGGGUCGCGAAUGCCCAUUCCUUCAUAACCAAGCUUCCUGAUGGCUUUGAUACUCAGGUAGGAGAGAGAGGAGUACAGCUAUCAGGUGGGCAGAAGCAGAGAAUAGCGAUAGCAAGGGCAAUGCUUAGGACCCCGGUGAUCCUUCUUUUGGAUGAGGCGACGAGCGCAUUAGAUUCUGAGUCAGAAAAGCUAGUGCAAGAGGCUCUCGACAGGUUCAUGAUAGGAAGAACAACACUUGUCAUUGCCCAUCGGCUGUCUACCAUCCGAAAAGCUGACCUUGUGGUGGUUUUACAGCAAGGCAGUGUGUCUGAAAUAGGAACCCACGACGAGCUCAUUCGCAAGGGGGAAAACGGUGUCUAUGCAAAGCUCAUCAAGAUACAAGAAGCCGCUCAUGAAGCAAUUAUGAAUAAUGCCAGAAAGAGUAGUGCGAGGCCUUCGAGCGCAAGAAACUCUGUCAGCUCUCCAAUAAUGACAAGAAACUCUUCGUACGGGAAAUCGCCAUAUUCUCGCCAGUUGUCCGACUUCUCCACCUCGGACAUUAGCCUCUCUCUAGAUGGUGGUUCGUAUCGACAGGACAAGCUUGCCUUUAAAGACCAAGCGAAUUCCUUCUGGCGGCUUGUCAAAAUGAACUCUCCCGAGUGGGGCUAUGCUGUCAUUGGUUCCAUUGGCUCUGUCAUCUGCGGUGCUCUCAGUGCACUAUUUGCCUAUGUCUUGAGUGCCGUUCUUAGCGUCUACUACAACCCGGACCAUGAUUACAUGAGCAGAGAGAUAGCAAAGUAUUGUUAUCUCUUGAUUGGCGUCUCCUCGGCUGCUCUCAUUUUCAAUACCAUACAACAUCUCUUCUGGAAUAUUGUGGGAGAAAACUUGACCAAAAGGGUAAGGGAGAAAAUGCUGAGGGCAGUACUGAAAAACGAACUGGCGUGGUUUGAUCAGGAAGAACAUGAGAGUUCCAUGGUUGCCGCAAGACUUUCUCUGGACGCAAACAAUGUCAGGUCAGCCAUUGGCGACCGGAUUUCGGUGAUCAUGCAGAACUCGGCUCUCAUGCUAGUUGCAUUUACUGCUGGCUUUGUGUUGCAGUGGCGCUUAUCCCUUGUAUUGGUUGCUGUUUUCCCGGUAGUGGUUGCUGCAACUGUUUUGCAGAAAAUGUUCAUGAAAGGAUUCUCUGGAGAUUUGGAAGCAGCUCAUGCCAAAGGCACGCAGCUAGCUGGAGAAGCCGUUGCGAAUGUGAGAACGGUUGCUGCGUUUAACUCGGAGGCGAAAAUCGUCAGUCUUUUCAGUGCCAAUCUCGAGACCCCGCUAAGGCGCUGCUUCUGGAAGGGGCAAAUUGCCGGCAUUGGUUAUGGGGUAGCCCAAUUCUUGCUCUAUGCGUCCUACGCUCUUGGUCUUUGGUACGCCUCGUGGCUUGUCAAGCACCGAAUCUCCGACUUCUCCAAGACGAUCCGAGUUUUCAUAGUCCUCAUGAUUUCUGCAAAUGGGGCAGCCGAGACACUGACCUUAGCCCCUGACUUCAUUAAGGGCGGCCAGGCAAUGAGGUCGGUCUUCGACCUCCUUGACCGGAAAACGGAAAUCGAGCCCGACGACGCCAACUCCAUCCCCGUCGCUGACAAGCUCCGCGGCGAGGUCGAGUUCAAGCACGUCGACUUCUCGUACCCUUCGCGUCCCGAUGUCUUGAUCUUCAAGGACUUGAGCCUCCGCGCCCGGCCAGGCAAAACCCUCGCCCUCGUGGGCCCCAGCGGGUGCGGGAAAAGCUCCGUGAUCGCGCUCGCACAGAGGUUCUACGACCCGACGUCCGGAAACGUCCUGGUCGACGGCAAAGACAUCAGGAAGUACAACCUGAAGUCCCUGCGGCGCCGCAUUUCCCUGGUCCCGCAAGAGCCCUGCCUCUUCGCCACGACCAUCUACGAAAACAUAGCCUACGGGUGCGAUUCCGCCACCGAAUCCGAGGUCAUCGAGGCCGCGACGUCAGCAAACGCUCACAGCUUCAUAUCGGCACUGACCGAGGGAUACCAAACGUUCGUCGGGGAAAGAGGGGCCCAGCUGUCCGGAGGGCAGAAGCAGAGGAUCGCCAUCGCCCGGGCGUUCUUGAGGAGAGGAGAGGUGGUGCUGCUGGACGAGGUGACGAGCGCGCUCGACGCGGAGUCGGAGAAGUGCGUGCAGGAAGCACUGGAGAGGACGUGCGCGGGGAAGACGACGAUCGUGGUCGCGCACCGGCUGUCCACGAUCAUGAACGCGCACGUGAUUGCGGUGAUCGACGACGGGAGAGUGGCGGAGCAGGGCUCUCACUCUCACCUCUUGAAACACUCCCCUGAUGGGAUUUACGCCCGGAUGAUUCAAUUACAACGCUUCUCGCAAGGCCAAGCCUUAAACAUUGCUUCUUCAUCAUCUUCUUCUUAAUUUUCCCAGGCAGCAGCAGCAGCAGCAGGAGAGAAUUACUCACCUGCAUAUUUGUCUUCUGGGCUUCUGGUUUCGUUAACAUGAAGACAUUACACAGUCAUUAAUAAUUGAUAAUACAGCCAUUUACAGUGUAUGU